AUGAGCGAGAAGGGGCAAGCCCCAAAAGCGAAGGAUUCUUCUUCUACCUCUAUUCGUCUUGAUUCCGAUGCCCUAGCCAUUGCCAAGGACACCGCUCGAGGAUCCUUUGUCAUUGCCAAUCGAUCUCUUCAGGCGGGAGAAAUCUUGUUGGAGUGUCCUUCGGCCAGCAUUGCCUUGGAUCAUGGAUACCGAACUUCUCAUUGUGGAUUUUGUGCCACUGAGAUACAACAACAACAACAACAAGUCGCCCAAAGUAGUACCUGCCAGGGAUGUCGUGUCCUUGCAACCUGCCACCACUGCCGUGAAACCCUGAAGGACUGGCAUGCCCAAAGUGGAGAAUGCGCCGUUCUGCAGUGUCUCGUGGAAGGAUUUGGAAAAGUCUUCUUGUCCGAGCAAGUAAUGACAGCGCAAGACGUUUCGCCGCAUAUUGAUCCAAUUUACAUCAUCACCAUGCGAUUGGCACAUCGUCGUCAAUUGGAUCGGCAUAAUGGUACUACAACUCAAAACUCUACUACUACUAUUUUACCAAGCAUUGAUUGGAACUUGUUGGAUCAAUUGUACAGCAGUCCGCUACCCGCUAAUCAUGAAGGCAACGCCGUGGUAUCCGCCAUGGCCCAACUAUUGCAAGUCAUGACUGCCCUAUGGAAACAAAAGAAACAACAAAUACCAUUUUGCAAUCCCCAGGAAUGCGUUUCCAUUUGGAACAAAUGCCGAGGAUGUUGUCAUGCCAUUACCGAUCUCACGAGACCAUUGGGAGCACAAAACCUUGGAAUGGCUCUCUUUCUGCCGCACAGUUUCUACAAUCAUGCCUGUGCUCCCAAUGCCUUUUUAUCUUGUAUGUUGCCGUCAUCCAAACAACAACAACACUCUGUUUGUGAGGAUCCAACGAGUACUACCAAACAACAGCAACAACAACACACACCUGCGGUAGUGGCCCGAGUGGUUUGUAUCAAUACUAUUGCCAAAGGAGACCCGGUUUCGUUGAGCUACAUUCCCUUGAGCGGUCUCUGUCGUCUCGAACGACGACUGCGGUUGCAAGAGACCUAUCAUUUUGUCUGUGAUUGUUCAAUGUGCAGCAAUCAAGAGGCUAUCGAACGACACGUCGGUGGUGAUUUUGCGACUGGCAAGACGGCAAGUGAUGUCGUCACGGCACUUUUACCCUUGCGCGAGUUGCAGAUUGAUUGUUAUCAAACGUUGACACUCGCGUCGUCCAUGGAAAACAAGGAUGAAGUAAUGGACGUGGUAGAACAAUGCAUGGCCACAUUGACAAUGGCCCAGCGAGGGAUUCGGAACCAACAGAUUCCCGCCUCACACGAGGUAGCACUGGAGUGUCACCGACUGCUGGCCGUGGCGCACUCGUUGUUACGGGGUGACAACAACCACGAAAAAGACCAGGAGUUACAUCAUCACCGGGAGUUCUUUGGGGCUGCCGAACAAGUAGAGGCACUGAUGGAUCCGUCCGCGUUGGCAAUCCAACAUGGUCUAGCAGCGCAGUGCUUGCAAUCCAAACUGCAGGACCACAGCGAUGAUGCAACCACAAACGAAUUCCAAAAAGAACUUCUUGUCCACAGGACAGCUGCUAUUGAAAUAUCCACCAGGGCGGUUGGAGGGGAUCAUCCGUUUGUGCAUUCCUUGCAACAAUCGAUGGGUGGGUGCAGCGAAACGCAGCCUACUGAUUCUGCUCUAGGAACUAGAAAGAGACAACUUUCACAAAACGGUGACUAG